AUGGCUCAAGAAACAGUCUCAUGGCAAAACAACGAAGGCAGAGGUACUUGGGACAUAAUUUCCAGCUGCGUUUUGACGUUGAUUCUGUGUGUCUGGACAGCACUCCAUUUGAAUGUACCAAAACAGAACGCUAGCCUUUGGCAUAGGUUUAGAACGAAAGCCUUGUGGGUUGUUGUUGGCAUCUUUGCGCCAGAAGUGGUUGUUUAUAUAGCAUGGGUCCAAUAUUCGUCGGCAAAAUACUUGCUGAAGGAAAUCCAAGCUCUGGAAGCGGAUGGUACAAAUCUUGCAACCCAGAAAUCUAGACCUCAGGUAGGCCAUGAAGACAUAGAGGCUACUGCACCUCAUGUAUAUGUACCAAGAAAGCAUAAGUGGACAAUGUCCCAUUGCUUUUUCGCUGGUAUGGGCGGGUUUGCAUUUGAUAGUGACCUCGACAACGGUGGACAGGAAUUUAUUCAAGGAUCUCCAAGUCUACGCUUCACCUCUCACGCAAUUCUCGCUCUAGCAAGACUCGACAAGCUUCCAAAUGUUUCUACUGAGGAAAUCAGCGACAAGAGCAAAGCCGAUGGGCUCGCAAAAUGCUUAGUGUGCUUGCAAGCAAGUUGGAUGCUGCUGCAAACCUUGGGACGUCUUAUUGCAGGACUCCCGAUUACUUUGUUGGAAAUAAAUACCGUUGGACAUUGCUUGUGUGUUUUGGCUAUCUAUCUUAUAUGGUGGAAUAAGCCCUUACAUGUUCUCGAGCCAAUCACACUAACGGGAGAGUUCAUGAGAGGAUUCACAAGCUAUGCAUUUAUGCGAAGUGAAAUGCACGAAGAGACUAUGGGGAAUGUUUCCGAUGUCUGGCGCGACAAGAAGGCGAAAUACAGAAACGAAGUUGUUUUUCGUACUGAAACAGAGCGCCUACAAUAUGUGGAAUGGGAAUAUGAUCUAGAGGGUGAACAUCCCGUUCCUUCUGACCCAACUGCCUGGAUGAACUGGCAACAUCAAGAUACUUGGAAAGGGGAAAUACGUAAAAACUAUAAGAUACUACCAAAUAGUUACGCGAAGCACUUCCCGCCCGGCGGUCUCGUUCUCGCGCUGGGAGAAAUGAUCCCCGGAAUCGAUUUCACGCUGAAAGGGUUUGUUGUGGACACUUUCAAAGAUAGGCACGAGAACAGAAAAAAAGAAAACGGAGUCGAGCCAUGGUUGUCCCCUCAUCGAAGAUUCGUCAUCAACUUAUCACGAACUGAUCUGGCGCGUUGGAAGCUGGCAUCGGAUUUCUUGGGUGCCAACGGAGGGGGUGAAAUAUUCGAGGAUACACGAUACAAUAUCCGAAAUUAUAUAACGACAGAGGUGCCUGACUUCGCAUGGACAUAUUCAGAAUACUAUGUAUUACAUUCGAGUGGCGACCAUGAUAUUGUUAUUCGACUGGCUACGGCUUCAGCAGCCUACGGAGGACUUCAUCUUAGCUCUUGGAAAGCGUACUUUCCCACAGUCGUCGAAAGAUGGCUCUGGAUGUCGAGUUGUUUCUUCAUAGCCGCAUUUGGCUGCGUACCUAUUACGCUUGAUCUGGCUGACAAUCUGUUAUCUGCUUUCAAAAAGAGCUUUCCAGGAUUCAGCAAGGAAUUUGGGAAAGUGACAAAAAAGGUUAAUGACUGGGGAGGUGACUAUUUAAUUAUGAUUGGUAUUGUAAUUCCUUGUAUCGCAUAUUGUUUUGCGAGAGGUUUUAUAGUGGUGGAUUCCUUUGUAGCUCUUCGGAAGCUGCCUUUAGCUUAUUAUGAUACCCCGGUUUGGAGCAAUUAUAUACCACAUUUAUAG